CAAAACUAUGAAUUUGCGUUUUCAUAAUGAUGUGGCAACUUCCGUAAAUAAUAUUUUUAGUGUACAGGUCUCUGCUAUGAGCCAAUGCAACACAAUUUCCCUAUUUUCUGGCGAGAGAUGAUGUCAUUCGGGGAAAAAGAUCCGGCUACACACUAACAAACUUUCAUUUCGAAAAACUCAUCAAUAAUAUUCCACCAGGGCGGAGCUUAUCUGCGAAAAAAAGAAGAAGAAACUUACGGACGGAUGGAAGAACGUCAAUCAUACAUAUUCAUUUUGUAUGCUAAUAAUAUACCGUCGCCUGUCGGUCGUGCGAGAGUGCAGUACUCCGGUGGAUGGGCCGCCGAUACACGGUGUGCGUAAAUAACCGUGCGUGCGUUUUUCUAUGUUGUUCAUUUACAUCCAACGCUAGUGAUAGGGUCAGCUGCAUGCAAUAGCCGGCCGGAAACUACACAGCGCGCUGCACAUUGCAUGCAUACAGUAUACUUAACACACGUACCGAAUCUGUGUACAUUACAUGUACGUGGUUAGCCAAGUUAGCUGGGCUCAGCCGAGAUUCUCGUCCAAAACCCCAUUUUUCGGGGUAGUUGUCAAAACCCAACCGGCACCAUUGUGGUUGUAGCAGACACGAUGGGGGAUUUCAUGUCCCCCAAGAAACAGCAUGUCGUGGAUCGGAUCAGGGAAAGGCUGGAGCGGUGCAAGAAACACCAGGAACUGUCGCAGUUGCGAUACGACUCGACAAGGGACGAGCGAUGGUCGCAGGAGCGACAGGAGAAAGAUAUACUCCACCAACGCUACCAGGACAACCGGAGCAGACGACAACCCAAGGGUCCCAAGCAGGACGGGGGACAGAAUAAGACCAAGAGCGAAGGGAACACCACGGGGACCGGAGGAGCGGAGGGCCCGGGCGGCAGGGGGACGGUCUCGAACAAGCACUCGGAACGGAAACGACCUCAUUCUGAAUCGACCAACGGUCCGGAUCCCCCAAACAUCUGUGGCGCCCAGGCCAAUGGGUUUGACGACGCAUCCAGCAAGCGUCCCUGCACAGAAAUCUCAGUCCAGAUUGUCCAGAAGACAGGGGAGCAGACAGACCUGACCGUGACCACCACCAUCCAGCAGUCUGGUGACAGCACCGCUGAGGCUAGCAAUAACAACCUGAGGUCACAGAACGGUGGCUGCAAGACGGCUGAGCGUCCACCGUCAUCAGCGGUCAGCCAGAGCAACGGUCAGCACAAGGAGUGGACGGAAGAGCGGCGUCAGGUCCUGGAGAAACUCCUGGAUGACCCAGACGGUCUAGAAGCAUUCGUGAAGCAGCUGGAAAAUGACCCAGAACAAAUGAAGGUCUUUGACUCCGAGCUGGAUAAGAUCUGCAACAAGCUCCAGCAAGAUCUUGGUGAUGUGCCAUUCCCCGACACGGCUAACAUGGAGAGCCAGCCUACGCAGGAGAUUAACUCAAGCAGCGAUACCAUGCCCAUGGCUGGGGGCUCACCAGCUAUGCCUAACCUUGCUGAUGGUACUAAGUUGACCAAUAAGCAAGCUGCUCCCACGAUGCCUGUUGCUCCAAUGGUUCGUGGAGCCCAGAGCUUUACUUCUGUACCCAGCCCCUCGGAUGGCAGCCUUAAGCAGCGUGUAAAGACCGAAAUGAUAGCCCCCACUUCAGAGUCGUCACAGGCGUACGACCCCAUGAUGAAAGGACCUCCAAACACAGUAGCCACGGAUGCACGCACAGGAAAGGAAGGACCAUUGCCGGCCAUUGCAGAAUUUAAGAAUCCAGCGAUUUUUGACGCAACUAAUAUCAAAAUUGAGCCCCAGGCCAGUGGCACUGUCGAUGGAUCCAAUCUGCUGCAAGUGCAGUUUCAGCAGAAACAGGGACAAGGGAAUCUUGUGAACCAAAAGCAGACGCCACCAAUUGUGAAUCAGAAAGCCAUUGCUCAGUUGCAGUCGAACUAUCGCAGUGCACAACAGCAGCAUGGUGGACCAAGUCCAGGCACACAGCUGAGCCAUUAUGCCAACCAGCAGCAGCAGCAGCAACAACAAGCACUGCAACAACAGCAACAGCAGCAGGGCAGUGGUAUCACUGCAACAGCUUCUCAGUUUGGAAUGACAAUGUCUAGGUCUCUACAGUCUCUCCAGGACCAGCUGAAACAGAGACCCCACACUUUAGCUGGUGCCAUUGGCAGCAAUCAAAACCCUAACACAGUGAUGAAUAGAGCCAGGUUUGCCCACACCAGUCAGGUCACUGGCAGACUGCCAAGUAUGGCACAAAUUUUUGCACAGAACAGGUCGCAACAGGUGCAACAGGUGCAGCAGCAGCAACAGCAGCAACCCCAACCUCAGCAACAACAACCUGUUGCAUUUCCAGUUGACGCAGCCAUCCAGCAGGUUCGACAGAACAUGCCAGGGACUCAGCAGCAGCAAUUGCCUCAGCAAGCUCAACAGCAGCAAACGGGGCAGUUUGUUCAGCAGCGCCCGACUUUGUCCCUAGCCAACCAGCGAUUACUGAGACAGCAGAUGUUGCAGCGACAACUCCUGCAACAGCAACAGCAGAGCCAACUGCAAAAACUACCCCCAGAGCAGCGGUUCCUGCUGCUCACUAAACAACGCCAACUUGUGGCCCAGCAGAAGCAGAAGCAGAAGGAUUUUCAGAUGUACCAGCGAGGACCGCCACCGCGAUACGACGAGACCCAGCAUCGGAACUCAACUUUUGCCAACUCAACUGGGCUGAUGCAGCAGACGGCGAACGCCGCUACUAACCAAAUGACUGGGGGGAUGGGCAACAACCCGCUGAUGGCAGGAACUGUCAGACAAGGGGCUCCGUUGCAGCAAACUCUGCAGCAAGGCAACUUGCAUCAUCAGACUAUGAGAACCAAUCAGACUAUGAUCCCGGCUGGACAGAUUGGGACCACGGGUACCCAGCUCACCCAGGGCAUGUACCCCAAUCAGGCUCAAGCCCAGUAUAUCCGUAGUAGACAGCAGCAGCUGCUCCAGAGUGGGGCAGUGAAUAAUAUGCAAAUGGCCAACCAGGCGGCCCAACCGGCAGGAACAAUGCUGAAUCAGCUUGGUAGGAGUAGGGUACAGGGACCAAACACCGUGACAGGUUUAGGAGCAGCUGCGGUGUACAUGAAGCAGCAGAUGAGGGGUCAGACCCCAGGACAAAUGUCCACACACAAUCCCCAGGGGACCAGUGCCAUGGCGGGCGGUAACCCUGUGGCACAGGCCCAUCAGGUCUCCACGGUGGUGCGAUUUCCCAACAACCUUGUCAGCACCAGCACCAACGUGCGGACCUUCAUGCAGAAUAUGCCGGGGCAGAACAUGAACCUGCACACCAGCAUGACAACGCAGGCCAUGCUCCAACAGCAGAGUUACGCCAACCAGCCAAGCGUCGUGACCUCCGCGGUCAUGCAGCCGACCAAUCACACUGAGCCUUCCAUAGUAACCGCCAUGUCUUCGGUUGCCACGCCGACCACCCAUCAGGGGUCUUUUUCAGCCAACUCGAGCCACUUGCCGGUACCCAUGGACCUGUUGGACACUAACGUGAACUUAGGCAACAACACCAUGAGCAAUGUUGACUUUGAUUUGGACCUCCUGGAAAAUAUCCUCAAAACAAAAGAAUGAUUCAUAUCAGUGCCCCUCGCAUUUUACACAUUUUUUUUUUUACAGUUUGCAACAUGCUUUAUAAAAAAAAAAAACCACACACACAAAUCGUCUUCACCAUCUACCUCAACUAAAAAAGGUUUGGAGUCUUUGAUCAGAGACUCAUCAUUUUGUUCAUAAUGAUUGAGUCAGUGUGAUUGAUAGCUUACUACAUACAUGUAAUACAUGCAUUGGUUAUCCAUAGAUAGCCUAAAGCCAUGCAGUAUACAUUUUCAUGUACUUUGCAUAGUUAGGGCAUUGUGCAGACCUUGUAAUAGCUAUGAGAACAACCUGGUUAGCUACGUACUUAAAUUUAUGCUCUGCUUAGUGUGUUAUAAUUUAUCAAAGGCAGACAUUUGUUUCAAGGCAUUCAUACUGUACUAUGGUGACACCCAGAUUUCUGUCUUCACUACAAAUGCUUCUGCUGUCAUUCAUUGCUUUGCAUUGACAACAACAAAAACAUCCCCAUUGUUAAAAAUUGUGUCUGUGGCACUGUACAUGUAUGUAAAGUGAAUCGCCUAUCUGUGUAUCAUGGGUUGUGAAAUUCCGUUGUAUGAAUUUGUUAACAGUGCUUGCGAUGAUUUUGUUUUUGAAAUUCUGGCCAAGUUUAUCUUGAUCGAACUACGCCUUUUUGUCUGGACACACAUGAACAGUUAAUUGUUGCAUGGCAGUUUUUUUUUUAACAUCAAAGAAACUGCGUGCAUGUGUACAUGUGCAUGUGGGAUUCAGGAAUACGGAUCCGUAACAAAUUUGCUGGGUUUUAAGCUUGUGUCACUGCAGGAAAACUCGGAACCAUUUAACCAAGACAUUGAAAUCGUGCACUUUGGCUGUGAAUGAAAUACUGUGGAUCAUCUGUGCUAUGCUGUACAUGUAUCAAACACAGGUGCACACGUUUAUGAAACCCAUCCACACGUCACUGUACGUCAUUGAGGAAGGGAAAUUGCUUCAUGCUAAAAACAUGUACAUGUACGUUUAAAGUCAGUCACCACGACAAGUUUGUGAAAAUUCCUCUCAUUGUGAAAGAGUUAAGAUCUCUCUGUGACAUGUACAUGAACAAAAUUGACAAAAUGUUGUUUACAACAAAACGUUGUGACUUCUGGUGUGUGUUAAAUGUAUGAGUUAUCCGGUACCGUUAUGCAUUGAUCCAUUGUGCAUGUGUGUUACCCCAAUGCUUUGAAGCAUGGUUUUGUAUUGUUCUCAAGUAACUACAUACAGCAUUAUUAGAUACGGUGUCUCGUCGCUCAUUGUUAUUACCCCCUUGCAUUGUGCUGAAUGGGCCGGCUUGAACUGGUCCAAAUUGCCGGAAGUGCCAAUCCUGUAUUGUGUGGCUCCACUCAGACGUCGUUUUUAAUAGUGAUUUAGACAGGAAAUCCAAUUUUGAAUGAAAAGGGAAAUUAACCGUGUCGCAUGACAUUUGAAUUUGCAUGGAAUUAUCAACGUUAUGUUCACCACUGUAACAAAUCUAGCCUGGUAACCCAAAAAAAAAUUUAAAAAAUGAAAUGACUUUUCAUUUUAUUGGAUGAAAAGCAAUAUGAUUUUAGUGUUGGGUGGUCUUUAUGUAGACUUCUUGGUUGACAAAAAGAGUAACUAACAUAAUCUGUCAGAAAUACGAUGAUUUAAUUUUUCAUUUUUUAUUUGAUGAAUUGCACAUGAACUGCAAAUAUCAUAGGAUCAUUAUAAGAAUUUCAAUAAGGUAAACAAAUUCAAAAUUUACAACUACCGGUAGCUAAUAAAGACCACCUAACACUUUUUUUCUCUCCGAAUCUCCACCCCCCCCCCCUAAAAAAAUUCUGGAUAAUCAUUUGCUCCAUGGAGAAGCGCAAAAUAGUAUUUUUACAAGGCUGAAGUAUAAGUGUGUAAUUCCAAAUUUAAAAAAAAGUAUUCAUGGCAAUAAUAUCUUCUAGAAAAAAAAAAUUAGAAGUGAAUCAAUCAUUAUUGACUCGAAAGUCUAUCAAUUUCAUGCCAAUAUUUUACUAGACUCAAAAGAUACAGAGAGAGUUUGCUCAAUUUCUGUCUAAAAGUCACAAAUUUCCCAUUUUUUUAACGUUUUUAAACGACUUUGUUUUUAAUUUUUAUUCCACGGAAGACUUUUCAAAACCGUGUUAAAAACAAAAUUUUGUGUUCAAGGAGAAAAAGAGAGUCAGUGCUUUUGAAAAACUAUUUUGUACAAAAUGAUAACGUCAUUCUCUGAAGAAGGAAAAAAAGGAGACUUUUUGGCUGUUUAAUACAAUUUUUAUCAAAGAAAGUAUUUGUAUAGUAUAAAUAGAUCAUUUCUCAAAUUUAUAUGGAGUCUUUUGAAAGUCAUCUGUCAUCCAUCAUAGUGUACAUAAAUGUUAUGGUUUUUGUUUUUUGUGUAGUCGGUAAAAUAUAAAACUGUAAAUGUACAUUUUUGGAAAACCUUUUUUUUUCUGAGAUGAUUUAAUGUUGAUAAGAUAGUAUUUACGUGUAGCUAUAUAAAUGAUAACUUUAUGUUUAUAAGAUGUACAUGUAAUUUUUACUCUCUUUUUUUUUGUAGAGUUAAAGUAUUUUAUAGAUGUGGAAAAAUUGCAUGGUAGUUUUUUAAGUGUCCAUGUGCAUGAAAGAUGCUGCUGUCAUUGUCUAUACUCCUGUUGAGUUUUAUGACCGGCGUAUGGUUUUACAGCAGAGAUAGGCAAGAUUUGUCGGUGGCGAUCGUUGGCGGGGAACCGGGCUGCAGCAGACUACCAGUUGACCUUGAAUAGUUGCAUGGUGAGCGAGACUCAAAAAGAAGACCUAUACUUCAAUUUCACCAAAUGGCUCAGUGCAUAUAUUGUAGUCAUAAGUCCAUCACAAGUCAUCCAAUUUCAAGUCUCGAGGUAUUCAAGCAAAAUUCUGAAAAAUAAGUGUCGUCGUUUAUCAUCGUAAAAGUAGAAUGGACCAUUUGUCAUUUCUGCAUUUUUGUUUGUUUGAAGCAACAAAAGUGCUCAAAAUCUAAAGAUCGCUCGCGGACGCUUGACAACUAACCUGAUGAAGUUUUAGCUCUGUGAAUGCUGUAUUUUUGGAGAAACCCCAAUAUUCUGGAUCUCGAUUUUAGUUCAAAAGUUGCCGAGUCAUAUUUUGAAUUGUGCGCUCUUGUGACACAAUCCCAAAAUCGGCAUUCGAGACAUGAUUCUCAUUCAGCCGAUUGUAGCACUGAACUGAGGAAUAAUGGUAGCGUGCGCGUGCGUCGUGUCAACGCUUGCACUUAUUCACGGAUUCGCCCAAUUACAAACCAACUACACAAACGGAAAUUUCCAAAAAUGUGUCACUUGACACCUCUUUGGAAAUGACAGUGUUAUUACUGUCUUUAAACCAUGUAAGCUUUUUGACAAUAAUUUGGCGGUUGCUUUUUGGAUAGCUGCAAAAUGGUGUACCUUUAAUUGUAACAUGACUUGUGAUUGUCUUUUGACAGGCUCCACAACAACUCCGGUUUAUAUAUGGCUGCGUUAACAUUUUUAAUUUCAGUGUCAGGGGGCAUAGUGUGUUUGUGUGCUUUAAAAACUUGGUUUUUGGGGGUUCCAAACCUUUUCUUUUCAAAAAUGAAUUUUUAAAGAGUUUGCCUUACCAGGGGGUCAUCUGUUAAGGCAGAUUUUUUUUUUAUGAAUGAGAAAAGUGACAAAAUAUUUAAAACAUUUGGUUGGUUCUGUUGGUUUUUAUUUGCAUGUUUUAAAACCAGCAAAAGCCUAUUUUAUGAAGGGAUUGUAAAUUUGUAUUUUUUUAACUAAAGGGUUCAAUCUGAUUUGAUGCAUGGUUAAAUGAAUCAUAGAGUGUUAUAAUUCGAGUUCUGUAUAUGACAAAAUGUAAUUUUUAUUGUUUCAAUUUAUUCUAGGUUUUGAACCACUUAUUGUCUAUUCACUUCAGGAGAAGAGUAUUAACAGUUUCUGGAGAAAACCAGGAAACAUUGGAAGUUUUCUUUAACAGUGGCAUGAAAAAUUGCAUAGUGUUCUGAAACCAAAAUUGGAGGGGGAAAUACCUCCAAAUUCCAUUAAAGAUAAUGGUGACCUUCAUUUAGAAGUUCAUAUUUUACAAGGCCGACUUUUUGCUUUUGGUCAAAAUUUUGAAAUGGAACAUAAUAUAUAUUUAAAAAAACACAAUUUCUGUGGAUGGGCAUCUCAAAAAUGAAAGUAGCAGUGUCUGUUUGUCCCCAAAAUUUCUCAUAUUUGGAGCUCGUUCUUUUGACUUUGACACAAUUGAAACAUAUUUGUUUCGAAAAGUCCCACCCCCCCCCCAAAAAAAAUAAUAACCCAAAACAACCAAAUCAUCAACAGGGUAUGAAUACUGAACGCUGUUUCCAUGUUUGGUUGACAUAAUCAGAGCUCAGUCAUGAGAGAAAGGAAAACAUAGUGGGUAGACGUCAUGGACGGACAAUUUUUUUUCCCCGGUACUUCCCCAAAAAGUCGGUGCCUGCCCACCACCUGGUUGUAUCAUAGUUUCUGUUUAUAGUUCCUGCUCAACCAAUCACUGUGUGUAACAAAAGUAAAAAAAUUACAAAUAAAAAAAAACCUGAAAAAGUCCCGCCCAUGUCGUGGGCCCAGUUGUUUCCCUGUUCUCGACAAGGCAGAGCAAUUUAACUUCCUGCUUUUACUGCCUUCAUUUUUAGUGAAGGACAAAAGUCAACUUCAGCAGGAAAAAUACCCUUGGUGGACAAAUCAUGGUUCUUUUUUGGAAACAAUUCUUUUCCUGGUCGAUUGACGAGUUAUUUUCCUGGUUGGAUUUUUUACUUUUUACUCUUUUUUUUUUUUAGAAAAUAGGUUUGGUUGGACUGGAUUUUGUAACUUUGGUUUUGAUGAUGCGAGUCGACUUUUUUAGAAUGUCCGCAACGAAUUUCCUUAAUUCCUGUUGGUGCAUGUUUCGAAGCAUUGCUAAAUCUGUAGAGAGUUGUCAUAACUACAUAUUUGGGGACGAGUUGUUAACAAGCUCUUCAGUGUGCAGUGGAGCAUUCAGCUUCGGCUUGCCUAUUUUCCAUUAUCAUCGUGGGGCCUUUUUGUCACAACUCUCCACACUAUAAUGCCGUGACAUUGCAACAUGAAAAUCGCCAUCACUCCACAAGGACAUUUCAGUUAAAGAUGAGGAAGACAAAAAGUAUAUUUCUUUAUUCAUUUAUUUGUUUGAUAUUUUAUUCAACCAGAACGGUAAUCAUUUUGUUUCCUUGUUAGAUGGCUCGUUCCAGUUGGCAAAUACUCCAUAGGUUUGGAGUGUUACUUGUUUUGUGUUUUAUCCUGAUCAGCAUUUGAAGUUUCACAUACAGCUACGGGGAAAACAAAGCGCGGGCAAAACUGUAUCAAUAAUUGUAACCUAUGAAUGUCAUUCAUUGAUGAACCAUUUUAAUAUUGGUGGGCCCAGGAUUCAUUUCAGGGUGUAACUUUCGAUAUUUAUAAAUUUGGCUGGAUGAUUUGUCACUUGGUUGAGUGGAAAUAAGACAAUUUGUGGAAAGUGCACUUCAAAAAAAUGAACUUUCACAGAUGGGAAUUUGGCUUUAGAUCCCGUGUAACCAAAAUCAACAAAUUACUUUUCUUACACAACGUACUUAAGUACUUAUCAACUCAGUUUUUGCCCACAAACGGCCACAUUGAAAAAAGUAAUUUACCUUAGAAUUAAAUGGGGAAAAAAAUAAGUCCCAAGUCGAAUUUGGUUUUUAGUUUGUGAUUUGUCGUAUCAUGUGUAAAAUGAAAACACACCGAUGACCUAUCAGUUUGUUUGUUUGUUUUUAUUUUGAAGUUUGUCUGUUUGUCGGUCUGGCUAUUUUUUUUAAAAUUGUUUUGUGAAAGAAUCAGCAUUGUCCUCAUUAAAUGCUUGACAACUCCACAAAUUGCUCUCGCCAACAAAAUGUACGGUUGGAUCUUCACUGUAACGUUUCCCUUGAAUAGCAGAAUGGAUCAGAGAUUGAAAUGUCCACGGAUUGUUUUCAUUGAGAUUGUUCAUCUAAAAAAUAUCAAAAUAUGAGAUGAAAAAAAUAUAAUGACCUUUAAUUUGAAGGAAAAAAAACUCAUCAAUAUUUUGGGUCUAUUUUUGGUUGAGCAUGGUCUUAAAAAAGAUUUGGAAUGUUUUGAUGUACGACCCGUUUGAUUGUCUGUAGUCUUGAUGUGUAUUUGUCCAUUAAGCCCGCAGUUGGUCUUUUCUUUUCUUUUAUUGGAAUAGAUAUGAGCUUCAUUGUUUUAAUUAUAUAUCCAACUAAUUGACUUAAUGUAAGAAAAGGAACAAGAUUGUUUCCAUUGUACGAUUCAGUUAGUUGUAAAUAUUAUGUUACGCGGAUGACGACAUGUAGCCACCAGCUUUUAUGUUGCUGUACAUUACGUCAAGAAAUCUAAGUAAAUGUUUAAUAGUAAAUGAUACAAAGUUAUGUGUGCGAUUUUUUUUUUUCCAUUGAUACAGAAAAAUUUAUCCUAAGGAUCAAAAUGAUAAUGAAAUACAUGUAAUUUUAUUUAUUUUCCUUUUAUUGUCUUCUUCUCGAUAUUAAAAUGAUAGAACAAAAAAUGUGGUCCUAAUUUUUGUACCAAAAUAAAAUACUGAAAGCUAUGUUUUGAAAAUU